CCCCCUGCCUCCUCCCCCACCCCCGCCGUCGGGGGCCGCAGCCGCUUUCCUGAGGACCGCGGACGGGGCCGGUGCGGACGAGUGGGAGGCGGCGGCGCGGCCCGGUCACCCUUGAACCAAGUGCAUGAUUAUGGGGAUCAAGGAGUCUGAAAGCUGCUUGAUUCACAGUAUCAUUGCUGACAAAGCAGAAUAUCAGCCAGAUAACUGUUUGAAUUUAUACUGUACAGCUGUUUGCUCCGGGUCUUGAACAGAUUUGUUUGUAAAUGCAUCACAAACAGGCAGCCCAGAAUGAAGAAAGCAAGCAGGAGUGUUGGCUCAGUGCCCAAAGUGCCCGGAAUAAAUAAAACUCAAACAGUUGAAAAAGUGAAACCAGAAAACGGCUCCUCAGUGUCUGCAGUAACAAAAAUCUCAAAAACUGGGACAUCAGCCUCUCUGUUGAAGACAAAAAGUAAUGAUGACCUUUUAGCUGGGAUGGCUGGUGGUGGGGUGACUGUGACCAAUGGUGUGAAAGCAAAGAAGAGCACCUGCACAUCUACAGUGCCUUCAGCUUCAGGGACCACCAUGAAUAAUCUGGAGAAUAAACCCAAGACUAUUACAGGUACAACUUCUACAACCAAGCGUAGCACUUCAUCUGGAACUAAGGAAUCUAGCUCUUCUAGAGAGAGAAUACGUGAUCGUUCCCGUCUAAACCAGAGCAAGAAGCUGCCUUUAAUGGGGCAGGGGUCUAAUGAUACAGUACUGGCAAAACGCUCACGAAGUCGUACUAAUCCAGAAUCUGAUGUUCGUAUGAGCAAGUCAAAGUCGGACAAUCAGAUCAGUGACAAAGCUGCUUUAGAAGCUAAAGUGAAAGAUCUUUUGACUUUAGCAAAAACUAAAGAUGUAGAGAUUUUACACUUAAAGAAUGAGCUCAGAGAUAUGCGUGCUCAACUGGGCCUUAAUGAAGAUCAGUGUGAGAGUGAUGAAAAGACUGAGGAAAAAGAGGCCAUUGUUGUUCACCAGCCAACUGAUGUAGAGUCUACAUUGCUACAGUUACAAGAACAAAACACUGCCAUCCGAGAAGAGCUCAAUCAGUUGAAGAAUGAGAAUCGAAUGCUAAAGGACCGAUUAAAUGCUUUGGGCUUUUCUUUGGAGCAAAGGCUGGAUAACUCUGAAAAACUUUUUGGUUACCCUUCUUUGAGCCCAGAAAUUGCAACUAGUAACCACAGCGAUGGCGGUGGUACUCUUACAUCUUCAGUGGAAGGUUCUGCUCCUGGAUCAAUGGAAGACUUGUUGAGUCAGGAUGAAAACACUUUGAUGGAUAAUCAACACAGUAACUCCAUGGAUAACUUAGACAGUGAAUGCAGUGAAGUGUAUCAGCCACUUACAUCAAGUGAUGAUGCCUUAGAUGCUCCCUCAUCUUCAGAGUCUGAAGGUGUGCCAAGCACAGAAAGGUCUAGGAAAGGAAGUAGUGGUAAUGCCAGUGAAGUGUCUGUAGCUUGUCUAACAGAACGAAUACACCAGAUGGAAGAGAACCAACAUAGUACAGCUGAGGAACUUCAAGCAACUCUUCAGGAGCUUGCAGAUUUACAACAAAUAACUCAAGAACUGAAUAGUGAAAAUGAAAGACUCGGAGAAGAAAAGGUAAUCCUUAUGGAGUCCUUAUGCCAACAGAGUGACAAGCUAGAGCACUUCAGUCGACAGAUUGAGUAUUUUCGUUCCCUCUUAGAUGAACACCACAUCUCUUACGUUAUUGAUGAAGAUAUGAAGAGUGGACGCUACAUGGAGUUAGAGCAACGUUACAUGGACCUUGCAGAGAAUGCCCGUUUUGAACGAGAGCAACUGCUGGGUGUUCAGCAGCAUCUGAGCAACACUCUCAAGAUGGCAGAACAAGAUAAUAAAGAGGCCCAAGAAAUGAUAGGUGCGUUGAAGGAACGCAACCACCACAUGGAACGAAUUGUUGAGUCAGAGCAAAAAACAAAGACUGCACUAGCAGCCAACUUGGAUGAGUAUAAAGCUACAGUAGCCAGUGAUCAGAUUGAGAUGAACAGGCUAAAAGCUCAGUUGGAGCAUGAAAAGCAAAAAGUGGCUGAGUUGUACUCCAUACACAACUCUGGGGAUAAAUCGGAUAUACAAGAUUUGCUGGAGAGUGUCAGGCUGGAUAAGGAAAAAGCAGAAACCUUGGCCAGUGGUCUACAGGAAGAGCUGGCACACACUCGCAAUGAUGCCAAUCGAUUGCAGGAUGCUAUUGCUAAGGUUGAAGAUGAAUACAGGGUCUUCCAAGAAGAAGCCAAGAAGCAAAUUGAAGAUCUCAAUAUGACUCUAGAAAAGCUUCGGACAGAGCUAGAAGAGAAAGAGACUGAAAGAAGCGACAUGAAGGAAACGAUCUUUGAGUUAGAAGAUGAAGUAGAGCAACACCGAGCUGUGAAACUUCAUGACAAUCUCAUCAUAUCUGACUUGGAGAAUACAGUUAAAAAACUUCAGGACCAAAAGCAUGAUAUGGAGAGAGAAAUAAAGAACCUUCACAGGAGGCUCCGGGAAGAGUCUGCUGAAUGGCGCCAAUUCCAAGCUGAUCUACAGACUGCAGUGGUCAUAGCAAAUGAUAUCAAAUCUGAAGCCCAGGAGGAGAUAGGAGACUUAAAGCGUAGACUUCAUGAAGCUCAGGAGAAAAAUGAGAAGCUCACAAAGGAGCUAGAAGAAAUAAAAUCUCGCAAGCAGGAAGAGGAACGUGGCCGAGUAUACAAUUAUAUGAAUGCUGUAGAGAGAGAUCUGGCAGCGCUCAGACAAGGAAUGGGGCUGAGUCGCAGGUCCUCCACCUCCUCAGAGCCAACUCCUACUGUAAAAACACUCAUCAAAUCCUUUGACAGUGCCUCACAAGUUCCAAGCCCAGCCACGGCCACAAUUCCUCGUACCCCCCUCAGUCCAAGCCCCAUGAAAACACCCCCUGCAGCUGCAGUUUCCCCUAUGCAGAGGCAUUCUAUAAGUGGACCAAUAUCAACUUCCAAACCCCUUACUACUCUGACAGACAAAAGACCAAGCUACGCAGAAAUCCCGGUUCAGGAACAUUUGUUGAGGACAUCCUCUACCAGCAGACCAGCCUCGUUGCCAAGAGUACCUGCUAUGGAAAGUGCCAAAUCUAUCUCAGUGUCACGACGGAGCAGCGAAGAAAUCAAGCGAGACAUUAAUGCACCUGAUGGAGCAUCUCCAGCCUCUCUCAUGGCGAUGGGUACCACCUCACCACAACUUUCCCUCUCUUCCUCUCCCACAGCAUCUGUCACCCCCACAACACGAAGCCGAAUAAGUGCCUGCAGAAAGACAUGCCUCAGUCACACUACCACAAGGGUGUUAAUGGAAGAAAGGAAAGACCCUUUAUCUGCCCUGGCAAGAGAAUAUGGAGGCUCCAAAAGAAAUGCCUUGCUGAAGUGGUGCCAGAAGAAAACAGAAGGAUAUCAGAACAUUGACAUCACAAACUUCAGCAGCAGUUGGAACGAUGGUUUGGCCUUCUGUGCAGUCCUCCAUACUUACCUCCCGGCUCAUAUUCCCUAUCAAGAGCUGAACAGCCAGGACAAGAGGCGGAAUUUCACUCUGGCUUUUCAAGCUGCUGAAAGUGUUGGUAUCAAAUCCACUCUGGACAUCAAUGAAAUGGUGCGAACUGAGCGUCCUGACUGGCAGAAUGUCAUGAUGUAUGUUACAGCAAUUUACAAAUACUUUGAAACCUGAAACCCUGGUAAUUCAAGAGAUUUUCAGAGUGGAGCCAACUCUAGCUACCAGAUGGAAACCUGACUGAAAUGCUAAUCCCGGUUUCAUUGAAAACUGGCAACAUUCACAUCUCUCUAACUUCAGUGACACUGUCAAAGCUUGUCUCAAACUGCUUCAGCCAGUAAAGCUUGGAUAACAGCUAGAAGAAAGAAAUCACUACCAUAGUGCUUGGAAUAUCCCAAGUUAUUAAAGUAUCCAAAAUAAUCAUGUAGCCUAGUAAGUCUGGACUUUAAAGAACUGCCUUUUCACCAGACAUCCUGAAGCUUUCAUACUUAAGAGACUGCAGUAAGUGAAUGCUGUAGCAUAUAGAAGACUGAAUGUAAAGCUAAAAUAUGAGAAGGAAAAGAUGACAGAGCAUCAUAAUAACAAUUUCUCUACGAUAUUAGAUACCACAGAGUCUGGGUGAAUAUUUUACCCAUGCUCACUGCACCCCAGACAGUAAAAUUCUUAAAAAUAAUUCAGUUACUGCCUUUAUAACUCUUUUUCCUCCUCUAAAAUAUGCACAAUAUUCUAGGAAAAUAAGCUUUUAUUCCAUCGGGCUUACUUGACUGGAGAGUACUGUUACCAUCUUGACAAAUCUGGCACAGAAGGAUUCUUCAGUAAAUAACUCUGUUCUAAGCCUACCUCUGUCACACAGUAAUGUGGCUUCCAACUUUAUCUAAUGGAUUAUGAGGACUAGCACAUACAGCUCCUUGUGUUCAGGGUAUACUGUACUUGGAUGAAUCCAUAUUUCAUAUAAUUUUUGUGCUUCCACUCUAACUAGUGAGAUUAAUCCAGAAUUUAUCCUUGUACAGCUCGUCCUUUUCUUCUUCUUUUGUCUGUAUAGCACACAGAAAUCCUAUGGUUUUUCUUUUACAACAAUACAAGCAUAAGAUGUCACUGACUUCUUACCAUGCCAUCGGAAUGGGAGUCUCCUCAGCAAAGAGAUUUUUUCAGGAAGAA